AUGGCCAUCAACCACGGACUCCAAGCCCAGAUAUUCCGUCUCUCGAGCAUUCGAACCAAAUACCCCGGCUACUCCAAUCUGAUCUACGAUAGCAACGGAAAGAUAAUCAACAGACCCAUAUGCGGUCCCAAGAUCCAACCACGCGUGUUCAAGAAGCCUGAUACGGUCUUCUACAAGCAAGCCAAGCCCACGCGUGCGGACCCCAAGAAGAUGCCCAAGGUGAAUACAGAGGAGACGGAUAUCACCUGA